AGUAACACAUCUCUUGCAUGUGCGCGAAGAAAAAACACCACAAAAGUAUUUAUAACCUCAAAUUCAUUUUCUUUCCAACGCUGAAACUCCCUUUUCCCCAACUUACAUACGCUUAAAUUAUUAAAUCUGAUUUUUAAUGUGUUAAAUAGUUUUGAUCGGAGCUCUGUACUGUGUAUUUUGAGGUGAACGAAAUGUGGAUGUGAUUAUAAUGCAAAGUGUGUUCGCGGUUAAAUUGUUCUCGUACAGAGCUUACCUGUUCUCGUCGUCGAUUUUCACGUCGUUUCGCAGCAAACACGUACAACCGAAACACUUGUUGAAGAUGAACGAGGCUUUCCUGCGCUACGAGAAAGGUAGCGAGAUCUUUGACAUCUCGUUCCGCUACGUAGACGAGACGAUGAAGGUUGACCGUCAAUUCAACUUCUCCAGGCAGACCGCGGAGAGCGUGAACAACUUCCUCAAGAGGAUCGACACAAACGUUUGCAAGAUCAUAAACAAAAAGAUGGAGAGGAAAAGAAAGAAAGAUCACACUUUGGAUACAAGUUCUCUGCCAAAUGACAACGUAGAUACUGGAAAAAUCAUGCUUCUCAAGGAUGAUAUCAAAGUGGAUGGCAAUGUGUUGUGCGAGAGCCUUCUACAGGAUAAUGCAGAACUUAAGCUAGUUAUUUUCGAGAAAACGUUUUUAGUGAAACAAAACGCACCUUAUAUCAUCAAUAUUUUGUUACCAUCAAGCAUACUUGUGGGUUUUCCGACUUACCCGUCUAAAUUUGAAUCACUGUACACUGACAAGAAACGAUCGAUAUUUAACUGGUAUAAAAACGAUGCUAUUAACAACAAGCCAAAUUUAUGGACACAUAUAGGGAAUGGAUAUCUAUAUGUACCAAAUAUAUCUGACAUUGGUUGCAAUUUGAAGAUCAACUGCGAACCGCGAAACGAGUCAGAUUUCGGUUGUAACAUGGAAGUACAGUCGAAAAACGUCGUAGAGGCUGGCCCUGGACCAUGCCCAUUUGACAUUCGACACCAAUUUACAAAACAUAAACUAUUGGACAGAAGUUUUAGAAUAAUGUCCUACAAUAUACUAGCAGAUACGUAUGCUGAUUCUGAUUUUUCCAAGGAUGUAUUGUAUCCAUAUUGUCCACAAUAUGCAUUAGAUAUGGACUACAGAAAGCAAUUAAUACUCAAAGAAAUAAUAGGUUUUAACAGUGACAUAAUUUGUCUGCAAGAAGUAGACAGGAAAAUAUAUGAGUACGACUUGUUGCCAUCUCUGUACAUGCUGAAUUACGAUGGCGUAUUUGUUACAAAGAAUGAAAUUAAUGAAGGACUCGCCACGUUUUUUAAUCAAGAAAGAUUCGAGAAAUUAGGAUUUGAAUAUAGUGUAAUGGCUCAAAAUACCGAUUUUCCAAGGUUCGCCGCUAUUUGGUCCAAAAUCAACAAUGAAAGGACGAAGAAGAGAUUUUUUGGUAGAAAUACAACUAUUCAGGUAACGAUAUUGCGAUCUAAAGAGAACCGAUCUGAAAUCUUGGUCAUCGGUAAUACGCAUUUAUACUUUAAACCCGAUGCGGAUCACAUACGUUUGCUGCAAGGAUAUUACGCGAUUAUAUAUGUACAUGAAGUGGCAAAAAGAAUACGGGAAGAGAAUCCCGAGUGUAAUACAAGCGUAAUACUUUGCGGAGAUUUUAACAGCGUGCCGGAAUGCGGCAUUUAUCAGCUAAUGACUGAAAAUUACGUUCCGGAGACCUGCGUAGACUGGAGAAGUAAUGCCGAAGAAGCUAUAGAAAAUGUAUCCCUAAUGCAGGAUCUUUGUAUGUCCAGCGCCUGUGGCACGCCAGAGUAUACGAACUACACACCAGAGUUCUCUGGUUGCCUAGAUUACAUAUUCUACGAGAGAGAUAAAUUCGAAGUGGAGCAAAUAAUCCCGAUGCCUAGUAAGGAGGAACUUACUCUUCAUACAGGUUUACCAUCUGUUGUAUUUCCCAGUGAUCAUAUAUCCUUGUGCGCAGAUUUAAAAUUAAAAGGAUAAUAAAUAUACAUAUUGAAAUUAUUUAAAACAUAUGACGCUGCCUAGAAUUAACUUCACUUAUAUUAAAUAUAUGGUGAUUAAAUCAAAUCACAGUCACACAUGGAAUGUAAUAUAAAAGAGCUAUCAAACGUUCAUGUAAAACCUCUGGUGCUAUCAUUGAAACUGAUAUUUAUGAUCAUUACUUCGAGAUUUUGA